UUCACCGUGGCGUCGAUCAACACCCUCCUCGACGACGUGAAGAAGUCGUUGCACUUCUUCAAGAAUCAUCCCGCGCUUUCCACCACGAUCGCAGACUUUGUCACGAACCCGCGGUUCGACGACCGUUCGUACCUCACCACCCUUGCUAUCGGACUAGCUGCUGUCUUCGUUGCCAUGUCGUGGUUCUCUCGCGCCGGCGGCAGCUGGGGCGGACGCUUUUCACCCUUCGGCCGCCCAGGCGCAUCGCCCAACUCCGGCGUUGUGAACGACUCGGACUUUUCCUACAUCACAAACGAAGACUUGCGGAAGAACAACGGGACCGCGCCGGAGAUCGUUGACUGGGACGACAAGAACCCAGAGCGCGAGACGGACGUGGUGGUAUUCAAGGAGAAGAGGACGCAUUACCCGACCCACUUCCCUGCCCACAGCAUACGCGAUGGAGAUCUGAAGAUCGGCACCGUCAGGCAAGCAGCUGCAAAGAAGCUCGGCAUCGACGAUGCCCGCCGGAUACGCAUGUUUCACAAGGGCCGCAAUCUGAAGUUCGACGAGCGGACUGCGCGCGAAGAAGGGCUCCGCGGCGACGGCACAGGCAGCGAGAUUCUCGUCACAGUCGGCGAAGCGCCCGCCGGCGGCCUCGCCCCAGGGGCAGACGAGACCGCACCCCAAUGGAGCGACAACGAGGGCUCCGACUCGGACGACGUCGACUCAGGCGCAAACGGCUCCGGCAAGAAGAAGUCGAGAAAACGCGGCGGCAGGAAGAGUAAGAAGAAGGGCCCAGCGCCCGCCUCUGGCUCCUCAACACCAGGCUACUCCUCCGCCGCCCCCGCUGGCGCCGAGUACCUCCCCAUCCCCUCGCACAUCGGCGGCCCGCGCCCAUCCUCCACGCCCCCACAGCCAAAACCCGCGGCGACCCCGCUGACAGUAGCUGGCAAGCUCGAUGCUAUUGCCAGCAAGUUCCACACCGAGUUCGUCCCGCUGUGCGUGCAGUUCAUGAGCAAUCCCCCAGAAGAGAAGAGCAAGAGGGACUUUGAGUACAAGAAGCUGAGCGAGACCAUCUUGACGCAGAUCAUCUUCAAGCUGGAUGGUGUGGAGACAGAGGGCGACCCGGAUGCGAGGGCGCAGAGGAAGGCAUUGGUCAAGGAGGUGCAGGGUAUGCUGAGCAAGCUGGAUGAAGCGGCUAAG